GUGUGUGUGUGUGUGUGUGUGUGUGUGUGUGUGCGUGUGUGUGAUCUCAGAGUCCGACGCUGACUGACCGGUCCUCUCUCUCUGCAGCCGUCCAGACCCUGAAGCAGAUGGGACAGCUGCCCCAGAACCCGGCCGCGCACCUCAUGGCGAACUCCUCCCAGCAGCCCGGCACCCCCCUGCGCUGGCUGAGCGACAUGGACCAGGCCUUCCUCCAGCAGGGCAUGGAGCUGUCGGCCGACGGCCGCGAGCUGCUGGUGCCCCGCGCCGGCCUCUACUUCCUGUACGCCCAGGCCACCUUCUCCUCCUCCUCCUCCUCCCCGGGGGCGGGGGGCCCCUGCGGGGGCCGGCCGGAGCCGCUGUCCCUGCAGGUGGAGCGCCACAGCCCCUCGUACCCGGACUUCGUGCCCCUGCUGAGUGCGGCGCGCUCGCCCUGCCCGCCGGGCGGGCCGGGCCGGUUCUGGACGGUGCCCCUGUACCAGGCGGCGCUCUUCAAGCUGCUGGGGGGCGACAGGCUGCGGGUGACCGCGGGGCCCCUCGGCCUGCUGGACGACCAGAAGACCUUCCUGGGGGCCUUCGCCGUGGCCCCCGAGCUGCAGUAGAGGGGGGGGGGGCGCCACCCGCCGGAGGAGGAGGAGGAGGAGGAGGGCCUGCGCCCCGAAAAUUCUCCCUGACCCACUUUCAGGUCCGAGCACUUCGGCGCGGUCUUCCUCCUCCUCCUCCUCCUGACGAAGAACCCCCCCCCCCCGUCCCCCUCCAGGGGGAACACUACCCCUGCGCCGCAGGAAGUGAUGUCACGCCCUGCCCCACGAGCCCCAGCUAAGGAAGCGAUCGGGCUCCGUCAGGGCACCUGUUUCAUAUUGAAAUGUCGCAGAACCCGUUUUACAUUAAAAGCAGAGCUCGAGAAGCACCACCCGGGUGCAAAUGAGCAUUUAGCGUACGGGGAUAAAAACCCGGUUUCCGGAUGACCUGAUCAGUAUUUUAUGACUUAUUUAUUGAUUCGUCUGGCCGCACGACAGCGCCCGGUUGGGAAACAAAAGAAGGAAUGAAUGUAUUUUUUUUUUUUGGACAAGUGGAAAUGGAAAUUAUUUAUUGGUGUUAUUUAUUGACCUUUUUGGUUUUUUUAAAUGCUAUUUUCCGGCCCAAUAAAGUGAAAUCUAUUUAUAUUUUUCGGCCCGAAGUCUGUGGUGGUUUGGUCUCUGUGGCGCGCCUCUUGGUCGCUAAAUACGCACUGCUGUGUAAGUCGAAAACUCUACUUAGUGAAGCUAAGUCUGGCUGAGACGACACAAGACCUGUCACAAACAAGAGGUGGCUCUAACACCUGUGACUGGACACUCCAGUACAUGAACACUGCACUGAGAGAGAGAGAGGGGUUCAUACAGACACA